ACGCCGCGCCCUCGUUUCGGUAGGGUUGCGAAGCGCAGGAGCACGAACGUCGUUCUCCGGAUUGCGAAGCGCAGGAGCAUGAACGUCGUUCUCCGGGUUGCCGUCCGGCAGGAGUUCAGUCGGUGCCGGUCGGUCCCGAGAACCGUUUACAUCUUGCGGGACGCAGUAUCUAACAUGGCAAGAAACAUGUACAUUUGAUAGGGUGGUUCAUUCGACAAAAGAGAAAGUCGAUUUUAGCGCAGCGCACGAUAAUGAGCGAGUGAAAACAGAAAGAUAAAAGAGAGAGAAUAGGAGAAAGAGAAAGAGAGAAAAAGCGAAAGGGUCGCGAUGAACAGAUAGAUACCGGUGCAACAUUAUCAAUCGCGCAUCUUCCAAACGGGAAGAAAGAGCACUACCCUUUUUUCGCACGCAUAAUCGUCGAGAGGAAGAGUGGCAGAUCGAAAGUGGCGGACUACUAGUCGUGCUGUGACGGAAGUUAGGCGCUCUCGACGGUGAUGCCCGUGACGAGUUGCAACGCGGGAUAAAGGUAGGACCGAAGAAACGAGCAUCUUAUCCUGAAGGGAGCAGCGGGAGACGGAAAUAUGGGAAAAGGGGACAAGAGAGGCGUCGCGCAGCGCAGUGAUGGUGCCAGCACCAAUCUCGUCGGCAAGUUCACGCAGAGCGUCCGAAGGAUCGUCCAGGACGUGAAGGACGAGGGCACUUCCAGUGGACAAACUAAAGAGGAGGUGAUCGAGACGAACGAGAGGCUGAGAGUCGUGAGGAUACGUCUGGAUGGCAGUUACGACACUGCCAAGAGGGCCCUCGUCGAGCUGAUGUGCAAGUAUACCGACAGCAAGCAAGUGCGCAAUGUGUUCCAGCGUUACAGCCUCCUCAAAGAUAUGAUCAAGGACGUAAUUAAGCUGGAGACGCAAUAUUGGACGUUGGUGGAUAUACCGAGGCAGGAAAAGCAAGAGACCGUGCCCGCCUUCGUAUUGCGUGCCUGUUCCAUCAUGGAGAAGACCCACAAAAGCGGCGAAGGUGUGAAAACUUCGGCGCGUCUUGCCGAAGAGGCCGAAACCAAGAGAGAGCGUAUCGAGAGACUCGAGAAUAUGACGACGGCGCAAAUCGAGGCAGAGAACACCCAGAUGACCAAUGAUCUGUACAGAUUGUUGAAAAAGUACACGGGUCUCAGGAACCUCAUCAAAGUGUUGAAAGAGGAGUACAACGGUUCGAAGUUGUAUCCGAUGUUUCCGCGUUACACGAUACUGAAGGACAUGAUAAAGGACAUAAUGCACAACCCGGACUACAUGGAAGUCUGUCACGAGCUGGACCAAGCAUAGCGGCCCGACCCCCUCCACCGUUCGCCACGUAUGACCCUGUAAAUUCCUCGGGGUCGCCACGUGGUCGUCGGUGAAGGGGGUGAAUCACAGAACGCUUCAGCUUCGACUGAUUUUUUUUUUUUUUUUUUUGGACAAAGCAAUUCCUACGAUCUUUGGUUUUCUACAUCUUCGCGAAUUCCCAUUUCCUUACCCAUACCUUGACUAGCCGCUCACCAACAACCGCCAUCUUCAUUCGUUCGAAUCUCAAGGCAAAUCCGGAACAAGUUACGUUAAACUUGUAUCGUAUACAAUUUCUCGCAGGUAAGUUAGAUCCAUUCCCCUUGGCGCGUGUUUUGCAAAGUUUGGCAAAAGGUGGGAAACACGAUGAGGGAUUGAAUAUCGCGCUAAAGUACGUCAUCGAAUGUUGUGAAAUAACAACGAAUACGUCAGACGUGUUAUAAUAGCAACAUUAUGAAGAUGGAAUAAUCGUGAAGUCAAGGUAGGUUAUGAGGUAUAUUCAUAAGAAUGCUGCUACUUGCUGCUUAAUCAUCGCGAA